ACUAGCUCAAGCCACCAUAUAAAAUGCAGGUUCAGGCCAUGUCGUUAACCAAAAAGAACCAACGUGGGUGACUUUAGGUUCAACAAUUUGUAGCGGAAUUUAUUUUUAUGAUUUACGUUUUUCUGGAGUAUUGUUCAAGUGAAAACAAUUUCAGAAAAGUGGGCCUUGUACACAACACCCUCCGAGUGCAAGUUACAGCGGGCCUGUGUCAGGUCGCAUUUUAUUGUCGGAGACGGUGUAAUUUUGAAAACGUGAUUUUAUUGUGAUAUUUUCCAUCUGGGACUGUGGUACAGCGCCGCCAUGUCUUGGCUAUCCUUGAUCUCAAUAGCCGUUAUGGUAACGGGAGCAGUCGCUAAAAAUUCAUACGUGAUGUUGUUCCCAAGAACAAUUCGUUCCAACGAUCCUCUCAAAGUUGUCGUACACUUCCUCACGCCCGUUGCCGGGGAAACCGUCACGGCUGAACUGACCACCUGGGAGAAUGAAACCAUUUCGUCCACUGUAUACACUAUACCGCCUGCCAGGGUAACACGAAGUAUCAGGAAAAAGCACCAAGCGAACUAUAAAGCUCGCGAGGAGAGGGAGAGAGGGAGCGAAAAGCGUCGUUUACAUGAAGAGAAAGAAAGGCCAUCAAAGAAAGAUGAUGUGCCACCAGUGGCUGUUCCUGUGGGUGUUAAGGGUCCCGGGGCCGAUCCCAAGCCCUUAUCAUUGCCGGACCCAGUUGGUCUUCCUUCUUUGCCACCCGUUGGACCAUUUCCGCCCGUGACGCCACGUACAGUGUUGACCAAUACGCAGACAACUGUUGACUCUCCGACCUCUGAUAUUAUCUUGGAAUUAAAAGUCCCGAGCGACAUAAGCUGGGGGUCGUACCGAGUGAAGGUGGAAGGCGUGGGCUCGCUCAACUUCAAGAACGAGACGACCGUCAACGGCAACCCGCGCUCCAUCGCCAUCUUCAUACAAACAGACAAGGCAAACUACAAACCUGGGGACUCAGUUUCAUUCAGGGUGUUUGCGGUCGAUAAGGAUAAGAAACUAAAAGCUGGUACAAUGGACAUUGAAAUACGCGACCCAAAGAACAACAAAAUAUUCGAAUUAACGAACGAGGACAACAUGCAGCUCGGGGGCAUCAAAGGCACCAUGCCGCUUUCAGACAUGCCACCCCUGGGCCGCUUCACUAUCUCAGCGGAAAUGGUCGGAACAGAAUCCUCCAAAGAAAACUACAACUUCGAGGUCAAGGAAUAUGUUCUGCCCAAGUUUGAAGUCAAGGUCAAUCUUCCCGCCUCCGGCAAGACCACGGACACCAGUCUGAAGGGAAAUGUUGAGGCCAAGUACACAUUUGGAAAGCCAGUCUUAGGACCCGUCGUUCUCCAACUCCGCAAACGCUACUCUUCCGGGUUCUUCGACGCCAAGGCCGUCCAGAGUGAGACAACGCUUGGAGCGGACGGCACCGUAGCGUUCGAAAUUCCCAUGGAGAUGAUAAAACGGGUGACACGAAGCUUACGCUACGAGACUCUGGUUCUGGCCGCCAACGUUACGGAGGCGCUGACGGGGAUCACGGAAACCGGAGAGGCGGAGAUCCGCUUUUACGAGAACCCGUACAAGAUUGAGUUCUUUCCCAACAUGCCCGACAACUUCAAGCCCGGCUUUGGGCCGUACCCCAUGAUGAUACGCGUGACAGAUCAGGACGGCCGACCUCCAGCGCUCCCGACGCAGCAAGUCUUGGUCACAGUCACUUUUUUCACUGACAAGCCCGUCCAGGGACCGCAGAACACAGGCGCCACUGGGUUUGACGUCAUAUCGCCGUUCAUCUUGGGUGACACGAUUCUAGAAGCAACCAUGCCAUUCUCACUGAUACCCACCGGCAUUGUAACCUAUGACCUGCCUGUACCUGUAAAUACGGCCACAUUUUCCAUCAAGGCGGAGUUCGCGGGCGAGUCUGUGUACAAGGACGUGCGGCGCUUCCGGUCGCCAAGUGAUGUCUUCCUUAAAGUAACCAUGGACAACACCGCCGGUCUUACGAUUGGUACUCCUGUGAAAGUAUCGUUUACAAGCAAUGCGAGCCCGCCGGAAGUCAGAUAUAUGGUGCAAGCUAAAGGUGCUAUAGUCGCAACAGGGAAGGCGCGGUACAGUGAUGGAUCCUUCAACAUAGCUCUCUCAACAGCCAUGGCACCGUCUGCAAGGAUCGUGGUCUAUUUUGUACAGCCGGAUGGUGAAAUAGUUGCUGACGGCCUGAACUUUGUUGUUGACGACACCUUUGACAACAAGGUUACAAUCGCGUUUGACCAAGUUUCCAGCAACACCAAGACAACGGUCAAUCUAAAGGUGACCGCCGACGCCAACUCCAUGGUGCACGUGCUCGCAGUCGAUAAAAGCGUCCUAUUGUUAGGAGACGGAAAUGACAUCACACCGGGAAGGGUUGAAGACAAGAUGCGUCAAUUCGGGGACAUACCGUGGGUGGUGCGUGGAUGGGGCAUUAUCCCACCGUGGUCCUUCGACAGAGCGGAUGACGCCAAAGACAUAUUCGAUAAUUCUGAACUAAAAGUGUUAACCGAUGCCAAUUUGUACAGCUUUGAUCUUUGGAGACUUGAGCAGCAACAACAAUUUGGAGGCGGCCGGAUGUUUGCGGCGGCCCCUGGGUCAGCGCGAAUGAUGUCUGACAGUGUAGGGUCGGCUCCGUCAGCCGCGCCCACAGGGGAAACGAGAAAGGAUUUCCCGGAGAAGUGGCUAUUUGAGUCUGCCGUUGCAAUUAACGGCGAGGCGAUUUUCUCUGCUACCACCCCUGACUCCAUCACCGAGUGGGCUGCUAACGCGUUCGCUAUUAACGCUGAUACGGGUCUGGGCGUUGCUCCGUUAAGGUCCAACCUGACGGUGUUCAAGCCUUUCUUCGUGAACCUGCAACUGCCAUACUCUGUGACCCGGGGCGAGAACGCAGUCAUUCAAGCCAACGUUUUCAACUACAGGGAGACGGGAGCUAAUCCCUUUGCUGUAGUUCGUCUCCUGGAAUCGCCUCAGUACGAGAUUCUGUCAGUUGACGGCAGCGGGGCGUCGACAGUCAUUUCCGGACCACAGGAAAAGUGCGUGCAGACCAUCGAAGGCAACGCUGUCUCCGUCUUCUUCAACAUACGGCCGUUAGUCGUGGGGGACCUCGACGUCAACGUCAGAGUUACACUGCCGCCUCCAAUAAAUUUGUAUGAUGAAGUCAUCCGAAAACUACCGACAAAGGCUGAGGGUGUUCCGAAGACGAAAAACCAGCCGGUACUGAUAAGCAUAGACCCUGCGGGCAUGGUGACAGAGGAGCGAGAUGUCGUGUACCCUCAGGGCAAGGUGGAAGACUCCGAGAAAAUCAGAGUCACCGUCAUUGGUGACAUUUUCGGCUCUACCUUUGAGAACCUGGAGAAUAUGAUUCAGAUGCCGUCCGGAUGCGGAGAGCAGAACAUGAUAAAGUUCGCCCCCGGCGUGUUCGCCGCCCGCUACCUACAGAAUACCCUCCGCUGGGACAACAAGCCCGAACUGCAGGAGCAGAUCAGAACAACGCUCCUCACUGGGUACCAGCGGCAACUGAUAUACCAGAGGAGUGACGGAUCAUUCAGUGCUUUCGGUGAGGCAGACAAUGCUGGAAGUCUUUGGUUGACUGCGUUCGUCGUUAAGUCGUUCUCCCAGGCCAACCAGCUUGGACUUAUAUCGAUCGAUUCGGAUGUAGUCGACCGAGCCGUCCGUUUUAUGAAGAACCAGCAAACACCUGAUGGCGAUUUCACGGAACCAGGAACGGUCAUCCACAGGGCGCUUCAGGGCGGCACCGCGUCCACCAUCCGCGCCCUAACGGCAUUUGGGCUUAUUGCUCUGAAGGAAGUGAAUAAGGCGGAGAUACUCAAGAACGACGCUACCAAGGCAAUCCUGGCUGGGGCCAUAUCAUCGGCCUCCUCCUACCUCGUGAACAGCAUCGGCCAGAUGACGACCGACUAUGAGCGGGCGAUCAGCGCCUACGCUAUCUACCCAUUGGCCCAACAUAACUCCAUCCUCACACAGCUUGAACAGAGCGCUAACCGUGUCACUGAAGGAAACAAUAUUUACUGGAAGAACGAUUCGUCCUCGUUGUCCGUGGAGACGACGGCGUACGCGCUGCUAACAUACAGUACCAGGGAUUCCGGACAGGGUGACAGAGAUAACGGCUUCAAGAUCCUUCUCUGGCUCGCCAAACAGAGGAACCCCUACGGUGGAUUUGUCUCGACACAGGACACAGUGGUGGCCCUGCAGGCGCUGACGGAGUACGCGAGUCUGGUGUACACCGACAACGUGGCGCUCAGUGUGACCGUCAACACGCGGACAAGAAGCGCGGACAACACUCUAGUCGACGGCCCACCUGUUACCAUCACGCUCAACCGAGAAAAUCAUGAUGUACUCCAGUAUAUCGACUUUGACGGAUCCGUUAACCAAGUGGUCAUCAAGGCAUCAGGAACAGGGUUGGCUUUGGUCGAGAUAAACCAGUUUUUCAACGUGCGUUCAGAGGAGACGGUGGCCAAGUACAUUCUCUCCGUGACGUCGAGUGAAGUAACGGCGACCAGCUAUUCUGUCCAAGUUUGUGCAUCGUACAACAUCGUAGGUAGUAAGAGCGGCAUGGCGCUCUUGGACAUCGGUAUGUUGUCUGGUUUUGAAGCCAAGUUUGACGAGAUCACAGUUAUUAGCGGCACCUUUAAGCGGAAGGAACGCUCAGGGACAAGAGUCAUCAUCUACUUUGACGAGAUUGGUUCGGACAACGUUUGUGUAACUGUCCCUACCCAGAGGGUAGCGUUUGUAGCGAACUUGAAACCCUUCUCCGUGUUGGCCUAUUCCUACUAUGAACCAAGUGAGCGCGCUAUGGUGGAACACAUUCCAUCCGGGCUGCAGCCGAACCUAUGCAGCACGUGCAAUGGUUGCUGUGGCGAAGGAAACACUGUCCAACUCAGUAGCUGUGGACUAUAGUGUUGUUCAAGUGAGGACAGAGAAAAACCACUUGUAUUAAUAGAAGUUUAAAUUUCAGUCAUGUAAAAUAUUUGUUGAAAUAUUCAGUUGCCUGUUGUACUUUAUUUGUGUAGAAAUAAACAUUUUCAAAUAGUAUAUGAAUCAUAAAUAAACGUGAAUAUUU